AUGAUGCGACGGCUGACGACUUUGGUCCGUGGGACGGGGACCCAACUUUUCGAGCGUGCCGCCCUUGAGACGGACAUGGCCCGCCGACUCGCAGGCGAUGAUACGUCGAAUGCGCAAAGGACCCAGUUCUCGAAAGUACCCAAGGAUUCGGCACCAUCAAGGGGGUUUAAUCCUGCUGCCUACGUUCUCUCAUGCCAAUAG